AUGGGCAACAUCUAUUCGUCGGCUGAGUCAGUUUUGGUGUGGCUAGGCCCAGAAGAUGAAUACAGCCGCUACCUGCUGAGAGCGUGGAGAGCACAUCUACAGCCUCUAGUCUACAGUUAUAGCAGUAAAACGCUAGUCGACAAGAUUUACGAAGAAUUGUGUAAGAGCACACACACUUUGUGGACUGAUUUGGAGCAAGACGAGGCACUCAGCGAACUUGCGCUCGACCUUGGUGAAGAGAGAUUGGAUGAGACGGCUUCACCCGACCGGUACAAACAAGCACUAUGGAUUAGCUUCGACGGGCUCUUCAGUCGACCAUGGUGGAGCCGAAUUUGGGUUGUGCAGGAGGUCUAUCUGGCUCCUAUGGAUGAAGAAGGCGGUCGCAAGCUCGAGUUCCGAAUUGGAGACCAUGUUUUAUACUGGAAGGAAAUAAUGCUGAUAAACAUGACACUGCUUCAUAUCAUCAGACUACCGGAUAACUACAACCCUGCUACACUGCCUUCCUGGGAUGAGAUCUGGAAUCGCUGGAAAUUUCUCAUCUUCAUGGGCGAGGCAUACGGGCAAUUCUCGUUGAGUGAACUACUCAAGCUGACGAGUAAAUUUCACGCUUCAGAUCCCCGGGAUAAACUCUUCGCCCUGCUUCUCAUGGCUACAGACACCAAAGAUCGCUUCCGGCAAGAGCCUCUUAUCAAUCCAGACUACACCAAACCAGCAAAAGCUGUCUUCGAUGACCUCAUAACAUUUUGGGAGCUAAACCUUCUAGCGCAAGUUCCACUUUGA